AUGACAGCAACGCAGGCCACGGCCAUUUGCACAUGCAAAUCCUGCUUGAUAGUCCUCGGAUGGCUCGACACAAUUGACGACGCCGUUGUGGGUGUGCAGCCUACCCCGCCUCUACUUCCGCAAUGUCUCGACCGCGACCCGUCGGACCGCCUACCUUUCGCGUUCCAUCCGCCUGCACCGCCAUGGGCCAUUUCUUCGACCGCAAGAGCCUCGACCUCGACGACGAUAUCGCGCAAUAAGAGCCAGUCGCAACGGUCAACGAGCCCAGUCUAUCAGUGGAUUUAUCACGCCGCGCAUUCCUGGCCAGGUGCAAGAAGAGUUAAAAGGCACACGAAUUCGAGUGGAACGCAUGCGUAUAUUUACUACCACGUUGUAAACCAGGUCGGAAUCGCACCCGUUUUCGUACCGCCCGUUCGCGUUUUAUGUCCUGAUCAAGUACUCGAUGCCAAGAUCGAUCUAGCGCCAUCCCUGACCCCCUGGAGAGAUAGCCAGUUUAAAAAAGAUAUCCUCAGCGCGGUUAUCGCCCAGCCUCUGGCGGAGCGCACUGUUUUGCAGACGAUGCAUGACGGGCUGCUUUUCCAGCCUAUCGCCGUUGCGAUUAAGACCAAGGUUUUCCAAGGCGAUGAAAAUUGCGGCUUGGUCCAAUUGGGCGUGUGGACCGCGGCGUGGCAUGUCGGUAUGCGUAAGUUUAUGCCGCCGGGGCAUGGUAAGCGCCUCGUCACGCUACCUGUGCUGCUGGUUGCCCAUUACAAUUGGAGUUUGUUCUUUUGCGUGCGACCGCGGCGAUAG